AUGGCUGGCUUGAUCACUGGUUCUCAUUCUCAUUUCUCUAAUGACUCUAAUGAGCAUAAUAAUCCUCCUACCCAUCAAUCUUCAUCAAAAACAUGUAGAGUUUGUGCUGAUGAGGUUGGAUAUAAGGAAGAUGGAGAUCUUUUUGUGGCUUGUCAUGUGUGUGGAUUUCCUGUUUGUCGACCUUGUUAUGAGUAUGAGAGGAGUGAAGGGAACCAAUGCUGCCCUCAAUGCAACACUCGCUAUAAGCGUCAGAAAGGUUGUCCUAGAGUUCUUGGAGAUGAAGAGGAGAACUUGGAUGCAGAUGAUUUUGAUGAUGAAUUUCAGAUUAAGAAUCAUCAUGAUGAUCUAGACCAGCAACAUGAUGUUAAUCAUGUGGAAAAUGGGGACUUAAAUCAACAGAAAUUGCAUCCCAAUGGUCAAGUUUUCUCUGCAGCAGGAAGUGUUGCUGGCAAGGAUUUCGAAGGGGAGAAAGAAUUCUACAGUAAUGCAGAAUGGCAAGAAAGAGUAGAGAAAUGGAAAGUCAGACAAGAAAAGAGAGGUCUAUUAAACAAAGAGGAUGGAAAAGAAGACCAAGGUGAAGAUGAUGACUACCUUUUGGCUGAAGCUAGGCAACCAUUGUGGCGCAAGGUCCCAAUAUCUUCAAGCCUAAUCAAUCCAUAUCGCAUUGUAAUUGUGAUGAGGCUUGUUAUCCUAGCUUUCUUCUUCCGUUUCCGUAUCUUAACUCCAGCAUAUGAUGCAUAUCCCUUGUGGCUUAUCUCAGUGAUAUGUGAGAUAUGGUUUGCAUUGUCAUGGAUACUUGACCAGUUCCCCAAGUGGUUACCCAUCACACGUGAAACUUACUUGGACCGUUUGUCCAUAAGGUUUGAGCGUGAAGGGGAGCCAAACCAACUAGCCCCAGUUGAUUUGUUUGUGAGUACUGUGGACCCUUUGAAGGAACCACCUAUUAUAACAGCAAACACUGUUCUGUCAAUCCUUGCUGUUGACUAUCCUGUUGAGAAGGUAUGCUGCUAUGUAUCAGAUGAUGGUGCAUCUAUGCUUUUGUUUGAUUCAUUGGCAGAAACUGCUGAAUUUGCAAGAAGAUGGGUUCCUUUUUGCAAAAAGUUCAAUAUAGAACCAAGGGCUCCUGAGUUCUAUUUUUCUCAGAAGAUUGAUUACUUGAAGGAUAAGGUUCAUCCUACAUUUGUGAAGGAACGAAGGGCUAUGAAGAGAGAAUAUGAGGAAUUUAAAGUUAAAAUUAAUGCUUUGGUGGCAAAGGCACUGAAGAAACCAGAGGAGGGGUGGGUGAUGCAGGAUGGAACUCCAUGGCCUGGUAACAACACUCGUGAUCAUCCAGGAAUGAUUCAGGUAUAUUUAGGAAGUGCUGGUGCACUAGAUGUAGAAGGCAAGGAAUUGCCACGACUUGUAUAUAUUUCACGUGAAAAACGUCCUGGCUAUCCACACCACAAGAAAGCUGGUGCCAUGAAUGCUUUGGUUCGAGUUUCUGCUGUGCUUACAAAUGCACCAUUCAUGUUGAAUCUGGAUUGUGAUCACUACAUCAAUAACAGCAAGGCAAUAAGAGAGGCAAUGUGCUUUUUAAUGGACCCCCAGCUUGGCAAGAAGCUCUGCUAUGUCCAAUUUCCACAAAGAUUUGAUGGUAUUGAUCGCCAUGAUAGAUAUGCUAAUCGCAACACUGUAUUCUUUGAUAUCAAUAUGAAAGGGCUUGAUGGUAUUCAAGGUCCAGUAUAUGUUGGUACUGGAACUGUGUUCAACAGGCAGGCAUUAUAUGGCUAUGAUCCACCAGUAUCUGAGAAAAGACCAAAGAUGACAUGUGAUUGCUGGCCUUCAUGGUGUUGCUUUUGUUGUGGUGGUUCAAGGAAGUCAAAAUCAAAAAAGAAAUCAGGAAGAGGUCUCUUUAGUGGAUUAUACAAGAAGAAGAAGAAAAUGAUGGGAAAAGAUUAUGUUAGAAAAGGGUCUGGGACCAUGUUUGAUCUUGAAGAGAUUGAAGAAGGGCUUGAAGGUUAUGAGGAGCUAGAGAAAUCAUCCCUCAUGUCCCAGAAAAGUUUUGAGAAGCGAUUUGGGCAGUCACCAGUUUUUAUUGCUUCCACUUUGAUGGAAAAUGGAGGACUUCCUGAAAGCACAAAUACCCAAUCAUUGGUCAAGGAGGCUAUUCAUGUUAUAAGUUGUGGCUAUGAAGAGAAGACUGAAUGGGGCAAAGAGAUUGGGUGGAUAUAUGGGUCAGUCACAGAAGAUAUUUUGACUGGAUUUAAGAUGCACUGUAGAGGAUGGAAAUCAGUAUAUUGCAUGCCAAAGAGACCAGCUUUCAAGGGAUCUGCUCCAAUAAAUCUAUCAGAUAGGUUGCACCAAGUUCUGAGGUGGGCUCUUGGUUCUGUUGAGAUUUUCCUUAGUCGCCAUUGUCCAUUGUGGUAUGGCUAUGGAGGAAAGCUGAAGUACCUAGAAAGGCUUGCAUAUACUAAUACCAUUGUUUAUCCAUUCACUUCCAUCCCUCUGCUUGCAUACUGCACAAUUCCUGCAGUAUGUCUCCUCACUGGAAAGUUCAUUAUCCCCACACUUACCAACCUUGCUAGUGUUUGGUUUAUGGCUCUAUUUAUCUCCAUCAUUUUAACUGGUGUGCUUGAGCUUCGAUGGAGUGGAGUUACCAUUGAAGACUGGUGGCGCAAUGAGCAAUUUUGGGUUAUUGGAGGUGUUUCUGCACAUCUUUUUGCUGUAUUUCAAGGUCUCCUUAAAGUUCUUGCCGGAGUAGACACUAAUUUUACUGUCACAGCAAAAGCAGCAGAUGAUGCUGAAUUUGGAGAGCUCUAUCUCUUCAAGUGGACUACUCUUCUGAUCCCACCAACCACUCUUAUAAUCUUGAAUAUUGUGGGAGUUGUGGCUGGAGUCUCUGAUGCCAUUAACAAUGGAUCUGGCUCAUGGGGACCUUUAUUUGGGAAGCUGUUCUUUGCCUUCUGGGUCAUUGUUCACUUAUAUCCUUUCCUCAAAGGUCUCAUGGGAAAGCAAAACAGGACUCCUACCAUUGUAGUCUUAUGGUCAAUCCUUCUAGCAUCAAUUUUCUCAUUGAUUUGGGUCCGGAUUGAUCCUUUCUUGCCCAAGCAAACUGGUCCUGUUCUCAAACAAUGUGGGGUAGAAUGCUAAGACUGUGGAAAAGCAUGUUGAUCUAGUGUUCUUCCAAAUCAUUUGAUUACUAAUGACACUUGUGCAUGUUUCUAUUUUCUUGCUGCUAUUGAGUGUUUGCCUUUCAGAGAAGAGUUAUCUGUGAUAUUGUGUAUAUUAAAGGACAAAUUUGAGUUAGAU